CCCUGGUUCCUGCUAUUACAGUUCCUUACUUUCAGCCUUUGCGGCCGCCACCAACAGGAUGCACUGCCUGUACUGGUCAUGUCAUUGUCAGAUGCAGUUCACCACACACUGGUGGUUUGGGCCCCCCUCCCACCUCUCAAGAAAUACAUUUCCUGAGGCUCCAGGUUAAGGGGCAAGAUAAGUCUUGGCAGAGCAAUAAGCCCAGCAAAGCAACCAAAGGGACAGGAGGUUCUCCAGCAAGAUGGUAUUCCACAACCCCUGUGAAAAGAUAAUGCCAUAUGUGUGUGUUUUUCUACCUUUCACCAUGCAGCUCACACCUCGGUCACCUGUUACAGAACAAGAUAUUGAUCUGUUAUCCAGUGAUCCAUACAUCCCUCAUUGCUUUACACGGUCCUUUAAAGACCUUACAUGUUUUUGGGAAGUAAAGAAUACCAAACAUGAAAUGAUCGCUGAAUAUGACGGGAAUAAUGCGUCCCCUUAUGGCUUUUUCUAUUCACGAGGAGAUGAAGAAUGUGAAUGUCCACUCACCAAACAAAAUGGAAACCACACUCUCUAUAUCUGUGAGUUUCCAGAGAAGGAUGUAAUUAUGUUUAAUGAUUUAACUAUAAAAGUGAAGGAGAUGUGUAUGAACAAAACCCUCCACAAUCGUAAAGUAGCAGUAGAAGCUGUAGGUUUACUAGAUCAUCCAACAGAUAUCAAUGUUUUUUGGACUGGUAAUGGCAAUACCUUUCAAGCUGUCUGGAAGAUCUCAGAAGAUAAUGAAUUUCAUGUUUUCUUCUUUUAUGAAGUCCAAUAUUGGCCAGAGGGUUUGUCAGAAAAAUACAUUCAAACCUUACAAACAGAAAAUCAGUUCUGCAGCCUUGAUAACCUCCAGCCUGGUCAGCUCUAUCAUCUCCGGGUCCGCACCAAGCCAAAUGGCCCUUUGGAUGGGUUUUGGGGGUCUUGGUCAGAACUUGCCAGUUUCUUAACUCCACAGUCUACAGCACAUACACCCAACCCCAACAUCUUUACUGAAGUUAUUGGGUUACAUUGCUUUACCCCAGACCUGUCUGCAGUGUGCUGUAAUUGGCGGAAAAAUACAGAAAAUUAUAAGCAACUCUUUUAUAAAUAUGGGGGAUCGGAGUGGCUGCCGUGCAUGGAAUCUGUUACAAUGAUUAACUGCAGCUGUGUGUUCAUGGCAAGAAGUGACAGUGCAGUCUCUUUGAUAAUGAAUGUAUCAUCCAUUGAUCACCCAAGGAGAAUGUACUACAAGGAACCUUUCUGGAUUAACCACAUUGUCCUUCCACCCCCACCAGAAUUCAGUGUAAAACCUCUGUCAGGUGGCAAACUAGAACUUAACUGGUCUAUUUCUGAGCUCAGCCUAGCGAAACAUGUGGUCUAUCAAGUUCGCUACUCAUUGGGUGGAAACACAACCUGGAAGACUCUGCAGUUUCCUCAAGGAAUUCAGUGUGAUAUACUCGAGCUCACCCCAGGAUUACAAUACACCCUGCAGAUGAGAGCUAAGCCAGAUGGAGACAAAAUGCAGGGAUUCUGGGGCACAUGGUCACCUUCAGUUACCAUAAAACUUUCUGCAAGUGCUGGCUGGAUAAUUCCCGUAAUUACUAUAUCCCUAUUACUGAUUCCUGUGUUUGCGCUGAUUACCUAUUGUGUGUUCCCAUCCAGUUUCAAAAAGUUAAAGGAUAAAUUAUGGCCUCCGUUGCCAAAUCUACACCGUGUCCUGGACACUUUCUUAACAGAAAUCCAGAAACAGUACCAGCCUAGCUCUACUCUGUAUGAGAAGCCUAUAGAAGAACCCCCCCAGUCUUCACGUCUGGAGAUUCUUGGCGAUGAGGUGCUUCCUAUUGAAACCCAGCAAGUAUCUCGGGAUUACGUUCAGCUCUCCCCUCCGACCUACCAGAAUGAAGAGUACUGGCCAAAAAUCGGCUUGCUCUUACUCAGUCCAAACCUAAACACAGUGAGCCUCGAGCAGCCUUCCAGUGGCAUUACCAACCAGACUUAUUUCCCCACUUCAUGGAACCAGUGAAAUCAUAUCUGUGCAAACAGCACAGUUUAUCCAGCUCAAACAUGUCACAGAGUGUGUUAUUACACUUACACAAGUAUCGAAACAGUGGAAUUGAUUAAGACUAUGAAAGGAAAAUUUAAUUUUUUUUUUUAUGAAAAUGUGUUUUUAAGCUUCACAUGUACAUAGUGCAUUGUAAUGGUUCUUUUGGUUAUGUUCAGAUUUAACCCAGACUUUCUAUAUAUCAAAUUAUUAUUUUGGUAAUACAAAAAAUAUAAAUGGUAGAUCUAUAAAAUAAUUCCAAAAACAUGCUACCAUCCAUGUGAAUUGUUUUUAGAAACUUAUGACGUCUGUAUAUGACCAGUGUUCUCUCAGCUUCGGUGAGUGGUAGUUUAUACCAUGGUUUUAAGAGGUAAGUUAUAUAUAUAUAUUACAGUUAAGACACAUUCGAUGUUGAACUCGGGCAGCAAAGGCCCUGAAGAAAAUUUUAUGUCAAGAGCCCAGCAACCACUAGCAAGACAGAAGCAGGAAUAAUGCUAUUAGGACAAUUGUGUUUUCUGUGUGUGGUUUGUUAUAAAUAAUGCAGUGAUACAGACAGACUGUAGAGCAGGGGCCAACCCUUUUUUUACCCAUGAGCUAUCAAAUGUAAAAAGAGUUAGGAUGCAACACAAGCUUGAAAAAAGGUCCCCAGGAUGCCAAAUACAGUAAGUGCUUUGAUUUGGUAGGCAUGUGCACUGCAAGCCUAAAUGAGGUUCUUUUUGGCAGUAUACCUGUUUUUAUGCAAUGUGCAUCUGCCUUUUCCCUGAUCCUGAACUAACUAAUGAGCAACAAUUAUGCACCAUGCUCCAGGAAAGGGCCCAUACCUUCCCACUCAGUCCAGAGUGGCCAGACUAAUCCUGGUAUCCUGGUAGGCCAGGACACACCUAAAGUUCAUUUGUUCAAGCCUUGUAAUAUGUGUUUUUUGCCUGUGGUCACCCCAGUCAUAAACCCCAUGACAGUGAUAUUGCUACCAUAGAGAAAGCAGACCCUGGAGGAAGCAGGGGGCCCAGGAGAUAUACGGGUCCCAUGAGGACCUCAUUUAUGCCAAGUUCAAUAAAUAUUGGUAAAACAAAGUCAACCUGUAAACAUUUUGGGGGCCUGAAAUUAAUUAAUUAUGCCACUGAUUGCUACAGUACAUUACAACUACAUAGUGGCUAAAUAGGCAGGAAUAUGAUUAUUUAAAUCAUCCUCAGGGCUGCAAUGAUAGAAUUUGCAUCAGUUGUGUUGCUACCUUUGAUUUUUUAGCCAUCCCUUAAUGUUAAAGCCAGUGUUUUAGUGUGUGUAUAGUGCUGAAACUAUUUUUCCAGCAGAUGGCAGCAUCAGUAUUAAACAAUUCCUAAAUGUCUCACAAUGAAAACAAAAGACAAAUAUUCAUAAAUGCCAUAAAAGCCAUAAAUGUUUUUGUUUUUUUUUAUAAAUGCGUCAAAUCAUCAUGAGAUGAUGACAUGCCGAGAGUUUUAAUCCUGUGCCUACACUCAAAAAUACACAAGCCAGCUGUUAGAGUACUUAGUAUUAAGCUUGAGCCACGUGAAUGAAUAACCAUAAGAAGCAAAUUACACUUAGGGGCA